GCGUGUGAGAUAGAGAGUGUGUGAGAGAGUGUCAGAGAGGGGAGCUUUUGUGUCGAGAGGCCGAACUUUCGGCUGUGUCCCGCGUUGUGACUGACAGAUUGCCGGCCGGGCAGCGGGUCCGCUGGGUGUGACGCCUGUCACUCAACCUCGCCUCGACACGUGACCUUUCCCCCCCUCCCAGCUCCCUCCGGCACCAUUCAUCUCUGCCCAAGAGCCACACGCGGAGGGGCCUCGGGCCUCGUAAUAACCCAAUUAGCCCUCGUUAUCUCCGUGUCUCGGGCUGCCUGCGAUUUGGCUCACGGACCCGCGGGGAACUCGGCGAAAUCUCAUCGCAGCGAGCGAAUCGACGGGCCCAUGCCCCGUGAGUGAGGGGCGCCUGCGCGGUGGGACAUGGAAGACGAAAGCGCCAAGGGGCAGGGACAACAGCAACAUCAGCAGCAGCAGCAACAUCAGCAACAUCAUCAUCAGCAGCAGCAGCAGGGUCGGUCGAGCACUGCAGCUAAAGCAAGGCGAGAGGAGGCGGGACCCUCACCGGACCUGCCGCCUUCUGGCCAGGACUGCGCCAAGGACGGGUCUUCGGAUCCCACCGGUCCCGACUACUGCCGCAGGAUCCUUGUGCGAGACGCCAAGGGCGCCAUCCGCGAACUCGUGCUGCCCAAGGGGUUGGACCUGGAGCGGCCCAAGAGGACCCGCACAUCCUUCACGGCCGAGCAGCUCUAUCGACUCGAGUGCGAGUUCCAGCGCUGCCAGUACCUGGUGGGCAGGGAGCGCACGGAGCUAGCGCGCCAGCUCAACCUGUCCGAGACUCAGGUGAAAGUGUGGUUCCAGAAUCGGCGCACGAAGCACAAGAAAGACCAGACCAAGGACAGCGCCGAGGGCCGCUCUCCAAGCUCAGAGUCCGCGGCCACGUGCAGCGUCCUGCGUCUCUUAGAGCAGGGCCGACUCCUGCAGCCCACUGGGCCCUCGUCUGCUCACGGGACUGGACACGGCCCACGGCCAGGCCCGCCGGCCUUCCUCACCGCCCCGGGUUGCCCCGGCCUUCCCGGAGGGCCCGUGUUCCCUCUGUCCAUGCCGUCGCUGCCCAUCCACGUGGGCCUUCCGCUCGAGUUGGCUGUGCGGCCCCUCCACGGGACAUCGGCCUUUGAGCCAUACUCGCGCAACGGCAAGAGCGACGCGAGCGUCAAUCACAAGAAGGGGCAUUCCUAACCGGGUGUUACCGUUGUACACUUCUCGACCCGUGUGUGUCUCCCGUCCCGAACGACUGACUGACUUCCCUGUCUGGCCCCUUACAAGGAAGGGGCAGCACUCGCAAAGGUGCAAGCGCGGGCUGCGUGAUGCUGGCCGGUCGAACCAUGGGCCAGGAGCGCACGCACGCACGCACGCACCCAAGGCUCGUUUUUAUUUGGCGGACAGUUUAAUGUUGUAUCCCGUACAUUGUUAUAGCCAAUAAUCGGAAACAUUAAUCGAUGUUGUAUAUUGGUGUCGUCUUUCUUAGAGGUGUGGUGUGUGGGUGUUCGUUUGGGGUGGGGGCGAGGAAGGGGAGGGGCGGGAGUGACCGUGUGGGGUAGGAUGUUCAUACAAGUCGAAGAAAACACAAUAAAAUAUGAAUCGGUAAAUUGGCUGAGGUUCGAGACAAAGCAUACUUUUCGUUUUGCUGUGGUUCGUGUAUGGUGUGUAAUUCAAAUUUGUCGAACAAAAAAACUAAAACAAAAAUUUGAUUACUUAUAAAAGUGCGCGCACUCCUUCGGAUGUCCAUGCAUUGUUUACAGAAACUUGCGUUAAGUAGCCUAUGUAAUUGUAUAUUUCUUGCCGUUUGUGUCCAAGUUGCGAGCUCAGGUAUAAUAUCAGAUGCAUCAUGUAGCUGCAUCCCAUGCAGAACCCGUCAUACACAUGAAUGUAUUGCUAUAAUUUAUGUCAUGAAAAACUGGUGCGUUCUGUGUUUAUAAUUUCGUUUUUGUUUUAUAUAUAUUUUUUUUCUUGACGCAAGCGCGUGCGUUCUCUUCUGUACGCCUCAUAUAAUAUAAUUGAAAAAAAAUACUGUACAUAUUAUAAUGUAUAUCUCGAUGGCAUUUAAUGAAUAGACAAACGCGGCGGGGGGAAUAAGAGAUAAUAUAAUGUAGGCAGACUUACAUCACAACAGCCGUGCCCUGUGGCUAACGCAUUGGUUUGGUGAAUAUGUGAUCAGUGAAAAAUGGUGUCUAUAUACGUUCACGUCGUGUUUUUUCUUUUUUGUGAUUUUUAUUCAUUGAAAUAAAAUGAUUUAUUGUAUCUUUGUCGAUGUUAAUAUCCCACAGGGCAAAUUGUGUUGUCUGCGUGUUUAAACUUAAAAACUAGAAUUACGCAAUGUUUCGGCCUGCCGACUCUUUAUCAAUUGCCAUAAUUUACCCACUGCCUCUGCAGGUUUUUAAAGAUUAAUGCCAUGGCAUUGCUCACUAAGUGAACAUUACGUUCUGAUAUCUUAAAAAAAGAUGCUCCCCCCCUCUCCCCCGUAUAGUCUCAAUAGAAUGUUGGGGCAGAUGCUGUUAGCGAGGAUAUAUGAAAGGCCGGCAGGGUACACGAGGGGGUGGGUGGCCAGCACCUCGCCCGGCCGCCUUUGUCUCCCCAGUGGCGAUGUUUGCACAUCUUGAAGCACACACGCUCACAUGCAUUUGCACGUUGUAAUAUACAUGCAUAUACGGUACACAUAUACAUGUCUAUGUAGUACCGAACAUGUGCAAAAGUGCAGUAUACCUUAUAGAACUACAGAUACAGUACGGUUGUAUACAUUAUUAUAUGGAGGCAAGUUUGUAGAUGUUUAAAUUAGAAAUGACUCUACACCUUUAUGCAAAUCCACUGCCGGAUGAAGGCAAUCAUUCCCACUGGUCGUGCUGGACGUGAUGUGGGGGUUUAUUUUGGCCAUACUUCACCACAAUGAUCAGCCCGUGUUGGUGGAGUGGCCAGGCUCAUCGCGCAGUGCGCAAAUCACUGCGCCACCGCUCCACCUGUGUAGGCAUAAACACACACACACACACAUAUAUUGUGUGUAUCCGUGUGUGUAGUCGUAUAUGUCUGUGUGUAUUAUAUUGUUGCAUGCUCACGUGUAUCGACGUAUGUGUACAGGAUAUGAUUGUUUGGUGAUGCUGCGUUGGCAAUGGUGCGCUAGGCAGAGUUAAUAAAACUAAACUUUAACACAUUCGUCAGUAACGCUACGUGUGGCCUUACAAUAUGUAAUAGGCGACGUUUCGGGCGAUGGCCCUGCUUCGUGGCUACAUAGUGCGUACUCACGUGUGGAUGUGUGCGUGUGUGUGUGUGAGCGCGCUUGUACAUGCAAUGUCUCUGUGUGUGGAGUGUGUCCAUACGUAUGUUUUAAUAUAUAUGGUGUAUAUUGUAUGUACACAGUGUCUGUAUGUGUAUAUAUGGGGUGUGUAUGUGUUCGUAUAUUUUGUGGAGUUGCGCAGUGUAUUUAUGUGCACUUUAUGUGUGUUUUGCGUGUAAUGUAUUUGUUUACGCAAUGUGUAGGCUGUGCGGCAUGCGGGUAGUAUACGCACGUGUGUAGGGUGUACAGUAUAUGUGUGUGUACAUAUUUAGAUACAUAGGGAGUAUCUGUCUGUGUAUAUGUGUAGUGUAUAUGUAUAGUCUAUGUGCGUAUGUAUGCGUUUGUAAAUUGGGGAGCGGUGGCGUAGUGGUUAGCGCGAUGCGCUACGAACCCGGCCCCUCGAGUUCGAUACCUGGCCGUGUUUAUGAUCAGUGAUGAGUCUUUGAACCGGACCCCCGGCCAUCUAUAGUUAGACUCAGCUUUACAUGAGUACAUGUAGACGCUGCUAGGAGACAAAGGCGGCCGGGCGUGGCUCCGGCCACAUCGCCCCAUCGUGCGCCGCGACGGCCUUAAUAGGUGCUCGCUAACACAACUUGUUCCAAUAAACUACAUGUCGAGGCUGUAUAAGUUGGUAGUGUUUAUGCAGAGUGGAGGUGCGGGGGGUACGAACCCGGCACGUAGCCCAGCAUUCUAUGUCGACUGUGCAGGGGUCGGGGUAUUAGCAGUGCAUACAGGGUGGCCCACAAGUCAGGACACAUAGGACUGUUAUUUUUAUUUUAACAAAUCACGUCGGGUUAUUAAGUUUAUUUUAACACAUUUUCAGACUGGCUUCCAUUAACAUUCAUGCGUCGUGCAUGGAUUCUCUUUUGAAAUGAAUUUAUUACUUUAAAAAAAACAACUACAGGCGUAAUAUUUGAACAUUCAUCAUCAACUGUGUUUUGUUGUCUCAAUUCAUUCGCAGGCUUUCUUGGUCGAGUUUUGUAAACGACGGAUUGGAGGGAACCACCACGGGCAGAAGUAAAAUAGAUGUUUGCAAUGAGAAUAGAUACAGAUGUUAACUUUAAUAAUAAACAAUUGAAAUGUUUUAUUGCCAAUGUUAAAAUAAAUUAAAUGACCCCAA